AUGAACUCCUUCAUCAUUAAAAACGUGCGCCUGUUUGACGGCGAGAAUAUACACGAGGAUAGCAGCGUCCUCGUCGAAGAUGGCAUCAUCAAGCAAGUCCAACAAGACAUCGAAAAGUCUGGUCUUCUAAUCUUUUCAAAACCGGGCCACACCUUACUCCCAGGCCUGAUCGAUGCGCACAGUCAUCCGUAUCGAGAAUCCAGGCUCUCGGAGCAAGCAUUUCGAUUUGGAAUCACCACUUUAAUGGACAUGCACAAUUUACAUGACAACGCGGUCCAACAGAAGCAAUGGGCAAAGGAAAGAAAGGAUUUCCCGGAUAUCAAGAGCUGCCAUUUUUCCGCGACCAUCGAAGGCGGAUGGCCUGCGUGGGUCGAAAAGAGGUUGAGUAACAAUGAGUUUGCUACUUACGACGAUUGGCCAAACGUGGCGACGGAGGACGACGCUGAACCUUUCAUUGAGACGGCCAUUCGCAAUGGUUCCGAUUACAUCAAGUUGAUGCACGAAGCUGGCAGGGCUAUCGGGAUUAAAAAAGGUCUGAUUGUCCAGCCGCGAGAGGCAGUACAAGCGGCAAUAGUCCGCGCGGCACACGAGCGCGGACUUAAAGUCGUCGCUCAUGCCUUGUCGCUCAAGGACACCUUAGAAGUAUUAAGGGCAGGCGUGGACGGCCUCGCGCACACAUUCUUCGAUGAGCCCAUCACCCCGGAGGUCAUUGACCUGUACAAGCGUAACAAUGCCUGGGUCAAUCCGACACUAGUGGCCGCAGGGUCUCUGACCUGUGAGUCGAAGGAGAUUCUCAAAUCCUUUUCGGAAGACGAACGGGUCAAAAGUAGGGUCUCGACCGAAGACGUACAGUUGAUUCAUGACUGCUUGCAUAUGAAGUCGCCAGGAGCGAAAUGGGAAUACGCCAUUGAUAGCGUGCGACAAUUGAAAGCGGCUGGGGUUGACAUUAUCUGUGGCUCGGACGCGGCAGCAGGAGCUCCAGGUCUAGUGUUUGGAGCCAAUCUACACAUUGAAAUGUAUUUACUGGUGAACAAGGCUGGGUUGUCACCCAUUGAGGUAUUGAGAGCCACCACAAGCGUGACCGCCGAUCGUUUCGGAUGGUCAGACAGAGGAAGAAUAGCUGCUGGGUUAAAGGCAGAUUUACUGCUUGUUGAAGGGAAUCCCUCGGUCGACAUAACCGAUCUGCUUAAUAUCAGAGGAAUUUGGCGAGAUGGGGUAAAAUUCAACGGGCAUCCAGGAUUCUCCCAGAAUUGA